AUGCCGACAAAACCGACCGAAAAACCGCCGGUUGUGCUGAACAACGAAAAAGCGAUUGCGGCGAUCGAGGAGGACAAAUUAGAGCUGCAAAUCGAGCAAGUCGGCAAGAUUACGCCUCCGGACGGUGAGUUAUGCGCGCAUUUGGCAAUUUUACUCAAAAAGUGAAAAAUAGACUACUUUUGAGGAAAAUUGGAUGGCUGAAACUCACUUUUUUCAGGCGGCUACGGAUGGGUCGUCGUUUUGGCGAGUUUCCUGGUGAAUAUGGCCGUCGACGGAGUCAUCUACACGUGCGCGCCGAUCGUUUUGCCGAUUUGGGGUUUAAAGUUCGGAUCGAAAACUCUGGCGAGCAUUGCUCACUCGACGCUCGUCGGAUGCUACUAUCUAUGCGGUUAGUACGCCUUUUUUGGGGUACUUUCAACGAAAAUUGUGCAUUUGCAGGACCACUCGCCUCGGCGUUCGUCAACGUGUUCGGCAUCAGAAGUGUGGCGAUCGGAGGCUCUGUGCUCGCGACGACGGGCUUUUUGCUCGCCCGUUUACCACCGGAUCCCUGGAAUUGUACGCGACGUUCGGAGUGAUGGGCGGCAUCGGAUUCGGAUGCAUGUACCUACCGUCGAUCGUCGUCCUCUCCCAGUAUUUCGAGAAGAAACGUAGUCUGGCGACCGGAAUCGCCGUGUGCGGAUCCGGAAUCGGAACGAUGCUCUUCGCCGCACUCAACAACAUCAUCUUUCCGUUGGUUGGCGGAAAUGUUGAGAACUUCCUCGUCUACCUUGCCGCCGUCGCCAUUUCCGGAGCCAUCUUCUCGCUCUUCUUCCGCCCACUUACCGCCUCUGACAAGCAAGUCGAGAAAGUGGCGAGAAUUGUGAGCAAGUUUGAGGGAGAGCAAGGAGAGGCCACGAGAGACCUGCUCGAGAAGGUGCGCACCGAUUUGGAGGAGCUGAACCGUCCCGGACAUCAGCAGGACACUUAUUAUGCCGGAAACGCGGAUGCUUGUGAGUAAACUGGAAGUUUAUCUGAAAUUUAGAUCUUUCCAAAAUUUGAAUGUUUAUCUCUAUCCAAAGGUUUUUCGCGUCAUUUUUUCAUAGUUCUGUUUAAUUUCUGUGAAACGGGCAUUUUUAACGGACGUUUUAGUUUUUGUUCAAUUUCGAUCUACAACAACAAAUUUGAAGUUUUUCUCAAUUGUUCUCUCUAAAAUCGUGCAUUUCAGUGGACAAAAAGGAGAAGCACGUGGUGCACGUGACCGAACAGCACACGAUCGAGCACACGCCGAAGAAGAGUGCGCUCGCCGAAAUCAAGACGUCGCUCGCCUCCAUCUGGGACACGGAACUGUUGUGCUCGCCAUCGUUCAUGACCCUGGCCAUCUCGGGCACGCUCACCGUGCUCGCCUUCCUCGUCCCGUUCACACUUUUGUCCGACGAAAUGAAGCAGAAGGGAUACGAGAAGGAGCACACCGAAAAGGCGUUGAUGGUGAUCGGCGGCAGCAACAUUGUGUUCCGUAUCAUCUGCGGAGCCAUCUCGGACCAUCCGAAGCUCUCGGCACUCCAAGUCUCUAACAUUGCCUCCAUCAUCGCCGGAACCUCGAUGCUCUUCGUUCCAUUCUGUACCGAAUUCUGGCACUACAUGGCUUUCUGCGUCGUCUUCGCCGCUGGAGUUGGUGCGUUCAUUUAGCCUUAAAUUCUCGCUUCUUCUAUAAAAUUGGCAGAAAUUUUGAAUUCAAAAAUGUAGAGUUUUUGUCGAGAAUAGUGUCAAUUUUGCAGCCUGCUUCGCCGCUCUCCGUUCGGUCAUCGCCGUCGAGCUGAUUGGAGUGGAGAAGCUGAACACGGCGUUCGGAAUCAUGAUGGUGUUCAUGGGAAUCGGAGCGGUGACGGGCGCGCCGCUCGCCUCGGCUCUCAGAGACUUGACGGGCAACUACAACCUCAGCUUCUACGUGAUGGGCGUCAUUUUCGCCUUCUCCGGCAUCAUGACGAUCCGUUUGCCGCAGAUCAAGGCGUGGGAGGAGCAGCGCCGUCGUUCGCGUGUCGGCGUCGAAAUGCGUGUCAUCUCGCAGUCGUCGGCCUAA